AUGCCUGAAAUGUAUUUAGUAUACGAAGUCAGGGUUCAGUAUCAGUGCGCCAAGUUGCAAUGGCAACAGAACACAGAGAGCACAACGACUAAGGCCGAUGCGAGCGCAUGUGUGCGUAUCGGCAAAAAUUACCACAGCGCGUCCUCUUACCAAAAGAAACGCAGACAAGAGGACGUCAGUUCUGAUCGACAGAGGAUCGAAUACCUCGAAGGCACUGUCCGCAGCUUGCAGCGGGAACUUCAUAAAGUGAAGCAUGAGCAAGCUAACUGCAAGCAGGCUGCUCCUGUGGGUGGGGAGGAUAAUGAGUUAAAGACCAUUAUCAACUCCCAUUAUCAGUUCCUGGUUACAGAGGAGCAGCUCUCCUGGAACCUGGAUCGAUGUCUGACGAAAAAGACAUCAUCCAGGACGACUGCAUCAUUGCAGACGGGUUGUCAUCGUCAUUUCGUACCACCAGUGUCUCCAGAACCUUUAGGGAUAUCUUACCGACUUUGCAAGGCGACAGUGCUUCACCCUACUUGGAGAAGCGAGAACGUUAGUGUUUCUGGGUCAUGGAACCUCAAGCAAGUGGAUCUCCUCAUAUCCACUCAAUUUAUUUGGACUGGAAAGACAGUAGAUGAACUUGCAGCUGCAAAGGAUCUUCAAGCUUCUGCAAGAAUUUCUGGAGACUGCGGAGAUAUUUCCAAGAAAGCCGGAUUCUGUAAAGCCGUGGACUGGAUUCACUGUCCCGACACUGGUGCUUGA